AUGCAUCCAGUUUCGAUAAAUGAUUUAAAAUUAGGCGAGACAUAUUUUGUUCGGCGACGUGGUAGCGAAGUUUUACAUCACGCAUUACUUAUGCAAGAUCGUGUUGAUAUGAAUACUGGUCGGAAACAAUUUUAUGUACAUUAUGAUGGCUGUGAUCGUCGUUUAGACGAGUGGAUUGAUUCAGAAAGGAUUUAUAUGGAUUGCGCAUCACAGGUUGAAUCUUCAACGAAACCAACUCGAAUUAGAAAAAGACGUUUAGAAGAAGAUUAUGAUCUCUUAUCGGCGCAAGGUCCUGAGGAUUUUAAUGAAUCAAAAAUCCUAGAAAAAGAACAUGAACAGGUGACAAAAGUGAAGCAUAUUGAAUGGAUUCGAUAUGGUUGCUAUAAAAUCUACACUUGGUAUUUUUCACCAUAUCCUGAUGAUUUUGGUAAAGCAUCGAAUUUAUUUGUUUGCGAUUAUUGUAUGAAGUAUAUGAAAUAUGAACGCAGUUAUAGAACUCAUCUUCAUGAAUGUAAAAUGAGGAAACCUCCUGGUAUUGAAAUAUAUAAACAUAAAGAUUUAGCUAUAUAUGAAGUACAUGGCGAUGAAAACAAGAUUUAUUGUCAGUGUCUAUGCCUUCUUGCGAAAUUAUUUUUGGAUCAUAAAACUCUAUAUUUCGAUGUGGAACCAUUCGUGUUUUAUGUUCUUUGUCAGGUUGACACUGAUGGCUCGCAUAUGGUUGGGUUUUUUUCAAAGGAAAAUGGAAAUCUUGAUGGAAAUAACUUAGCAUGCAUUUGUAUUCUUCCCCCUUUUCAACGAUGUGGUUAUGGCAAAUUGCUUAUACAAUUAAGCUAUGAAUUAACGAAGCGAGAAGGUAAAUUUGGUUCACCUGAAAAGCCAUUGAGUGAUCUUGGUCGAAUUAGUUAUAUUUCGUAUUGGUCAUGGGUACUCAUAGAAGCUCUUCGAAAAAGUAACAUGGUUAUUAUUUCCGAAUUAUCAAAACAAUCCGGAAUAGAUCCGAAAGACAUUAUCGAUGCGAUUUGUGAUUUAAAAUUAAUGCAAUACUGGAAUGGUGAAGAUGUACUGUAUAUUACACCAAAAAUAUUGGAAGAGUGUCGAAAAUUAAGAAUAAUUAAAGAGCCACGCCUUAUUCUUCGUGCACGUUCGCUUAGAUUCGGUUAUUUUAAAAUUAUUGUUUUAUUGACAAUUGAUGCAAUAUUCUUUCGAAUAACGCCUAUUAUUUUUGAUUUAGUUGUCGUCUUCACUGACUGCUAA